AUGGGAGAGGGUUUUCCUUCGAAGCAUAAGUAUGAAGGAGACUGGAUCGAAGUGGAAGAAUUAAUCACGACGCUUGGUGGCGCAUUUAGUGCUGAGAGGACGAAUAACGUAACGGACAUACUUUUGGUCGAACGUGAGGUAACUGCUACAACAAGACUUAGAGGAAUUGUUGAAAGGGACCGACAAUGGGCCAAAGAUCGUGGACUUGAACUUCGCAAUCCUAAAUGGCUCGAGGAAAUAUAUUGCCAGUAUUGUUUCUUUUUUAAAGAUGAACCACCGCUGGAGCCGAAUGUUAGAAGCAUAGUUUUGGAGGAGCGCCGUUACACUGAUGAAGACGGAUAUCUCAUUGUAGCCCCGAGGGACACACUCGCAUGCAGGUCAGUUCAAGUUAUUGACAGGGCCAUGGAGAUACGACGUAGCUCUAGUGUUGUCUAUGUCAAAGACAACAAAACCAAAGAUAUUGUGCCUAUGGUGAUAAGUCGUCAAGGACAACCGUAUACUGAUGAAAUAUUGGAUUACAUUCGUGUUCUCCAAACUAUUGAGGUCAAUGACAAAAAGAAUCUUUACCGAUGCCAAUGGCUACGAGAUUGCUUCUGUUAUAAUGGACACAUUUGCGUUGUAGAAGAAAAACGGUUCGAAAGUCUGUCAACGGUACUGCAGGGCAGACCCCGCCUUAAUCAUAGGGAAAUCCGGAAUCUCGUCCGGCAGCUUUUUGAAAGUGUUGCCUUCCUGCACAAGAUUGGCAUAGUACAUACUACUCUGAGUCCGAGAAAUAUCUUGCUUCGUGCCGAGUCUCUUAGCAGCGAGAUCAAGAUCGCUUCGGCUUCAACCGGCAAAAAUCAUCAGGGGAGGAAACCUAGUUCCCAACUGAGUACCCAGAUCCAGAUAGUCGGCUUUCAUUGUGCGAUUUUUAAGAAAGUUGGUUAUUACGAAGCACUUACUCCAUACUGUUACACUGCCCCGGAAGUCUUCCAGGGUGAAGAAUGGUCGUAUGUUUGUGAUAUUUGGAGCAUAGGAUGCAUGAUAUUUGUUCUGUUAACUGGCACUAAUUUCAUUCGGGAAACAGAAGAAUGUGAAGUUCUGGACUCAAUCUAUCACCAAGCUCCGGAUUCAUUGGGUGAAAAAUAUUCACCAGCUGCCACAGACAGUUUUCAAAGUAUUGAAUGCUACAAGCAUACCCUGAAGAGUAUUGAUUGCCCUACUGAGUGCAGCGACCUACUGGAACGAAUUUUCACAGCUAGUGAAAAACGUAUCACUGCAAACGAAGCGCUAAAGCAUCCUUGGCUACGGUAA